UUUUUCUUUUCCACAACUUUCUACCCCCUUUCUCGCCCGUGUUCCUCUGCACGAACAUUCUAGAAUCCUCAAAUCUAACGCCCAGCGCUACCGAUCUCUAUCGUCUACAAUCACGUAGAUCUGUAUGCCUACAUUCAUCUAAUCGCUUCUUUCCAGGAUAUGGCUCCUCCGCCGGUGGAGCGGAGCGGCGGAGAAUCCACGGCCGCAGAUACGACUGCCAGAUCUCUUCCGACGCCGUUUUUGACGAAAACUUACCAGCUCGUGGAUGAUAAAACGAUCGACGAUGUGAUCUCUUGGAAUGAAGAUGGAUCUAGCUUCAUCGUUUGGAAUCCUACCGAAUUUGCCAAGGAUUUGCUUCCCAAGUACUUCAAGCACAAUAAUUUCUCCAGCUUCGUCCGCCAGUUGAACACCUAUGGAUUCAGGAAAGUUGUACCUGAUCGAUGGGAGUUCUCAAACGAUUGCUUCCGGAGAGGCGAGAAACACCUGUUAUGUGACAUACAACGUCGAAAGAUCGCAUCGGCUACGCCAGCACCAGCACCAGCACCAACCGUUGCAGCUACUCCGGUGGUGACAGUGGCGGCGUUAUCACCUGCGCAGCGGAGAACCGUCUCUCCCAGCAAUUCAGGGGAAGAACAAGUAAUGUCGUCGAACUCAUCUCGAGGCGCUACAACUUAUUUAUCUCGAGAAACAACAGCUUGUGGUGGAAUUGAUGCAGAACUUAUCGGUGAAAACGAGAGGUUGAGGAGAGAGAAUGUUGAACUCAAUAGAGAAUUGAGUCAGAUGAAGAAUCUAUGCAACAGUAUAUAUGUGAUGAUGUCUAAUUAUGCCAGUAAUAACCCAUCGGAAGGGAACAGUUCAGAACAUUCACAACAACAGACGGCGGCGGAGGCGGAAACAACCACCGUGAAACCACUGGAUCUCUUGCCGUUAAAGCGUUUAUCGGAGGGUACUCACCAAGGAUCAACAGAAGCCGAGGAGGAUAUCAGCCCUAGACUAUUCGGGGUGCCGAUUGGUGUGAAACGGGCGAGGGAAGGAAGCGACUGUGAAGCGGCGGAGCAGUAUCAUGAGCUGCAAUUGCAACAGCCUGGGUCGGAGGUGAAAUCGGAGCCGUUGGAUGCUAACGUCGAUAAUAAGGAAUCCACGUGGAUGAUGAAAGAUCGGGAGCAGGCAUUGUCAUGAUCUGUUGGAUAUAGUGAUGGAAUCUUAGCUUUAGCUUUGUGUUUGUGGGGCCAAGUACAAGAAACUUCUUUUGUAUCCAUUCUCAGUUUAAACAUUUUCCAAAAUUCAUCCUUAAUUUUUAAU